AUCCGCCCGAGUCACACCUGAGGGCUGGAGCGCGUUUCCCUCCAGAGUAAAAUUACACCGCUGCGUUCGCCGGCUAAAUAUACACACGCGAGGAGGCUCCAAACAUGUCGUGUGAUGAGAAAUGGGUGUUGCACAGCAUCGAAGUUCAAAGAGUGCGGGGGGGAAGAUGUUGGUUUUUCAGGGCCGUCACACUGAUGCAUAGCAGAAAUGUAAAUAUUAAAAGCAAUGACUUAUUGAGGGUUUUUUUGUUGUUGUUUUUACAAUCUACAACACUUUCACUAUGAUUAGCAAGCGUGGCAGUUUUUCCUCAUUGCAAUAAUCCAAAAUAAUAGAAAAAGCUGAAGGUACAAGUUAAAAAUAAAGUAUCUUGCACAGAAUUUUUUUUAAUGCAUCAAAUCUGGGUGCAAGUCAGUUAAUAAAGAGUUAGGAAGAUAUUGCAAAAAAGGUAGAUAUUAUCUAGUUUUUAGUUGCCUGCUGGUUCUGAAACAUGCAUUUUUUUUUAUUGUUUGCUUAAUAUUAAGAAAUGGUAUUUAAAUAUUUUUUAUAUGCAGUGCAACAAAAUAGGUAAAAAAAAAAUGAAUUUUAUUCCUGAAACAUGUUGGGUUUAUGUGAAUUUACAUCUGCAUCAUAUGCAGUUUCAACAUUUAAACAUCUAUAAACAGGAAGUAGAAACUAACUCAAAGGCCAAAAAAAGACGUAGAAAUAAAUAUGUUUUGUAUUAUGUUUUUAGAGCUCCUUGCUUCUUUUUUUAGUUAGCUAUGUGACCUGUUAUUUUGAAAAUUUCCAUCAUAGUUUCUGGCUCAGUGUAACAUUCUAUGGAAUAACAAAUUAAAUUGCUCAUUUUUCUCAUCUAGCUAAAUCAACAUUAUUUUAUUGAAGGAUCAGUUAGUAAAGACAAAGUUCUAGCUUUGGCACAUAAAGGUUGAUUUCUUCAGUCACUUGAGGUUCAAAUGUGGCCUAUUUUAUCACAAGUUGUUUCAGUGUUGUUCAAAAUGCCUGAUAAGCUGUAAAAAAGAAAAAAGGACUCUGAAUGUAGCGCGCUCUCUCCUUAAACGCCGUUGAAACAUUUAAGUUUUUAGUUGAACUGGUCAAAUUCCUUUGCGGAAAAUUUCACACGCAUCUGGAUUAAAGGAAAUAUUUGCGAAUGUGCGUGCUUCCAACACAUAUAUGCAGAAUUAAGAGAGACUGGGUUACAUCACGAACGCAAAGUGAGCCAGUGACACAAGAAAGGGGUUUGGUGGGUUUAAAGAAUUUGAACUGCCCUCUGAUGUUCGAGCUGAGGACUACGCUGUUUUUCCAAGGCCUUCAUCAUCAAAAAUCAACCUAAACAAAAACAGUCUUCUUGAUUUGGCAGCCCUCAAGUUAAAAAAAUAAAAAAAAUCUAAUGGAAGUUCAAUCCGUCUCUGCAGCGACAGUUUUGAAGGGAACUCCGAGCUGUGGAACUCUCUCAGGGCAUGCAAGACGAGAGUUCACAGACGAACGUGAUCCGUUUUGGCCGACUGCACUUGGAGGGCCACGGCUCCCAUGUCUCCUGUUGGAGCCUCCGUUGCAAAACAAAAGCGUCGCCCCAGGGCUGCGUAAUUAUCUUCCUAAAAGUGCUUUCUCCAAGAAUAUAUGCAACCAAAAAAAGCCAAUCUCAUCUCUGCUGCUUCUCAGUGCCCAAAAACCAGUAUGAUUCAAAGGGGUUGAUGCGCUGUUCUUCUCCCUGUGUCACAUUAAGCAGGCCCCGUCACCGGGUCCAUGUCUCCAGGCAGUGCCUCGCAGAUUCUGGCACGGAAGAAGAGGAGAGGGAUCAUAGAGAAAAGGCGCAGAGACCGGAUCAACCACAGCCUUUCAGAGCUGCGGAGGCUGGUGCCAAGUGCUUUCGAGAAACAGGGUUCUUCUAAGUUGGAAAAAGCAGAAAUUCUGCAGAUGACUGUGGACCAUCUCAAACUGUUGCAUGCAAUGGGAGGAAAAGGGUACUUUGACGCAAGGGCACUGGCAGUAGACUACAGGACCCUUGGCUUCAGGGAGUGCGUUGGAGAGGUUGUACGGUACCUAAGCUCUCUGGAGGGGGAGUCUCCGGACCCAAUAGGAGCUCGCCUCGUUUCCCACCUCUCGCACUGUGCCAGUGAGCUGGACCCUCUCCUCCUACAGUCACCCCCUGCUUCCACCUUACCCUUCCCUCCCUGGCCAUGGACCUCCUUCCCGCCAAUUGCCCCUGCUACGACAGCCCCUUCCUCGCCAUCUUUCCCAAGCAGCCGCAGGGAUCUAGCCCUGCUGGGGAGCUACCCAUCAUCCGUCUCGCUGCGUCUGGCCCCAUUGGCUGGCUGUCAGCAGGGGCCCCCCCCGCUCCUCGGACCGACGGCUCUGGCCUCCAUUCACAGGGUGGCCUCUCUUCCAUCGUCUCCUGCUCUGGGCCACUCCAGACCAAACCAGCCGUCCCCUCACAGCACCAACUGUGCCUCACCUCUACCUCUCCCCACUGCCUCCUCUUCUUCUCCCUGCUCCUCGUCUUCCACUUCAUCAUCUUCUGCACCUCCACAAGUGUCCUUCCGGCCUUUUGCGCCUCUUGGCUCGCCGAUAGCCCAGCGCAGGAGCUUAAGCGGAGCAUCCAAGGCGCCACAGGGGUGGGGGACUGAGAUCGGAGCGUUUUGAAGAUCAUCUCUAACAAAUGAACUCUGUAAAGUGGACACGGACCUUUCAUUUGCACCAUGUAGCAAAUACGUAUGAGCAUUGUCUCUUUUAAGGGACUCUAAAAGCCAUAUCAGACAAUGAGUGAAGUUUUCGAUUCUUACAAUCAUAAAUGAAGGAAUGUGAAGGAAUUUCUUUGUUGUAUCUAUGAUCUUGUUUGACAAAAACACAUAUAGUGUCCCACAGAGCCAUAUAUGCUGUUUUCCUCAAGAAAACUUGAGGGUGAGUUUUGACUGGACUUUGAGCUGUGAUGUUUUCCUUUAUUUUCUCUGAAACAUUUAUACAUCUGAUUACAUUAUUUUUUUUGCUUUCCAGAGAAUGUUUGACGAAAACCUCUAUAAAGUUUAAGUGCCUUCA